CACCAUGGCCCGGCGGAGCGCCCUCUCCAUCCGCAUCGUGGAGGGCAGGAACCUGCCUGCCAAGGACAUCACCGGGGCCAGUGACCCAUACUGCAUUGUGAAGAUUGAUGAUGAGGCCAUCAUCAGGACUGCCACAGUGUGGAAGACACUGUCCCCAUUCUGGGGGGAGGAGUAUGAGGUGCAGCUCCAGCCCAACUUCCACAGUGUCUCCAUCUAUGUCAUGGAUGAGGAUGCACUCAGCCGUGAUGAUGUUAUUGGGAAGGUCUGCAUCACCCGGGACAUGCUGGCAGAGCACCCCAAGGGCUACAGUGGGUGGGUGAGCCUGAGCGAGGUGGACCCUGAUGAGGAGGUGCAGGGAGAAAUCCAUCUGCGGGUGGAGGUCCAGGGCAAGCAGGGUGACCGCCGGCUGCUGUGCUGCACCGUGCUGGAAGCCAGGGAUUUGGCCAGGAAGGACCGGAACGGUGCCUCUGACCCCUUCGUCCGCUUGCGCUACAACGGGAAGGCACAGGAGAGCACUGUGGUGAAGAAAUCCUGCUACCCCCGUUGGAACGAGACCUUCAAAUUCGAACUGGCUGAGCCCGCCGGGGAGAAGCUCUGUGUGGAGGUGUGGGACUGGGACCUCGUUGGCAGGAAUGACUUUCUGGGCAAGGUGGUCUUCAGCGUCCCAGGGCUGGAGGCAGCUGGGCAGGAGGAGGGGUGGUUCAGGCUGCGGCCAGAGAAGUCCAAGCUGAAGGACGAUGAGUCCCGGGGCAGCCUGGGCUCCCUGCAGCUGCAGGUGAGGCUGCGGGAUGAGACGGUGCUGCCCUCCCCCUGCUACCAGCCCCUGCUCCAGCUCCUGUGCCAGGAGGUGAAGUCAGGGCUCCAGGAUGGCCAAGUGCAUCUGGUCACCCUUCUGGAUGAAACCACCACAGCCGAGUGCCGUCAGGAGGUCGCCAUCAACCUGGUCAAACUCUUCCUGGGCCAAGGGCUGGUGAAAGAGUUCCUGGACCUGCUCUUCGAGCUAGAGCUGGCCAAACCCUGUGAGCCCAACACUUUGUUCCGGAGCAACUCCUUGGCCUCCAAGUCCAUGGAGUCCUUCCUCAAGGUGACAGGGAUGCCAUACCUACACGCUGUCCUGGGCCCCACCAUCACCCGUGUCUUCGAGGAGAAGAAAUACGUGGAGCUGGACCCCGGCAAGGUGGAGAUCAAAGACGUUGGGUGCUCAGGGCUGCACCGGGUGCAGACGGAGGGCGAGGUGAUCGAGCAGGGCCGCCAGCACCUCCAGUCCUACCUGGAUGAGCUGCUGGACACCAUGGUCAGGUCGGCCCCGGCGUGUCCCCCCGUCAUCCGUGCCGCGUUCCGGAGGCUCUCCCAGCGUGUUGGGGAGCGCUUCCCACAGCACCAGCACACCAAGUUUGUGGCUGUCACCAGCUUCCUCUGCCUCCGCUUCUUCUCCCCGGCCAUCAUGACCCCCAAACUCUUCCACCUGAGGGACACCCACGCCGACGCACGCACCAGCCGCACGCUGCUGCUCCUGGCCAAGGCUAUCCAACUGGUGGGCAACAUGGAGCCAGUGUCCGGGCGGGCCAAGGAGACCUGGCUGUCCCCAUUGCUGCCCGCCCUGCAGCAGGGCAUCACCCAGAUGAAGGACUUCAUCACCCAGCUGCUGGGGAUGGAGGAGGAGGCAGGCGAGGGGCAGCCCCUGGGCCCCCCCACCACAGUGGUCAAGGAGGGGCCACUCUUCAUCCACAAGACACGGGGCAAAGGUCCCCUGCUUGCUGCUGCCACCAAGAAGCUCCAUUUCUGCCUCACCGGGGAAGUUCUCAGCUUCAGCAAGAGCCCCAGCACCGAGCGUCUGGGUGCCAUUGCCCUGGUUGACAUCCUGGCUGCUGAGAAGGUGGAGGAGAAGAGCUUUGGGAGCUCCCACGUCAUGCAAGUGGUCUACGUGGGGGCGGGUGGGCACCAGGAGACAGCCUACCUGCAGUGCAAGUGUGUCAACGAGCUGAACCAGUGGCUCUCAGCCCUGCGCAAGGUGUGUGGCAACAACCCCCGUGUCCUCCGUGCCUACCACCCCGGAGUCUUCCGUGGGGACAAGUGGAGCUGCUGCCACCAGAAGGAGAGGACAGGGCUGGGCUGUGACCGCACCCGCCACGGUGUCACCCUGCAGGGCUGGAGUGACCCCCUGGACCCUGCAGCUGAGGCACAGAGGCUCUUCCAGCACCUUCAGGGGCUCCAAGGGACCCUCAGGGAAAAAUACUGGGAGCUGCUGGAUCCUGAGGGCACCCAGAAUGGCCCCCGGGGUGAAGGUGCCCCCCUGCCCCAGGGGCUGUCCCAGCUCUUCCGGGUGCUGGGGGAGCUGGAGAGCUGCCACCAGCGGGCACAGCCCCCGGCCCCCCCGACCCCUGCCCUGCUCCAGCUGCAGGCGUGA